UUACACUUGCACCACAACAAAAAUGGAUUUGACAGCUGUAUUUUGUGUGCUUGUUUUUCUAGGAAUUGUCAGAUUUUUAAGCCGAUCUGAUCCACCAAAACUAAAUGGAGUUUAUUCACAACCAAACAAAUGGUUCUGGGUAAAAUUUAUGUUGUUUAAAGUCUUAUUAUGGUUAAGAAAACGUGAACAACACAAGAAAGUGACUGGAGAAAACGCCGGAAUGGGCAGAAAAUCGAGAAAUUCUCCAGAGGAAAUGGACAGAGUACAGGCUUUGCCAAAGGAACAUCCAAAGGCGGUAGAUGCUGUGUACCUCACGGGAAGUAAUAAGAAAGGACAGUUUCUGGUCACGGCAACUGCGAGGCGCCAUAAUAACCAUGUGCAGACCAUUGUUUUUCUACGGCUACCUGAUUUAGGAUUUCUCGAACUUCCGUCCAUGCCCGAUACCUCCCUACACGGAACCAUGGAUAACGAGUAUGCUGCUGGUGGGCUGCAUAUCCGGAUGGUUGAACCGAUGAAGAAAUGGGGUAUACAGUUUGAGGGGAAACUAAGACAAGUAUCCACUGGGAAGUUGUUGGAUGUAAAGUUUGAUCUCACGUGGAAAGCGUGCACCAAGUACUUCGAUUUCGAUACUGACCUCCAUCUCGACGUUUUAUGCGACGCUAUCGCACGUGAAAGUUGGUCUCGACAGUUCUUUGACACUUUAAAAACAAUACACCAGACCCAUUAUGAGCAGUUUGGGGACACCACUGGUACCGUGGAUAUUCAGGGACAUGGUUCAGUGCACAUUGAUAUACGAGGAGUCCGCGACCACUCAUAUGGUAAUAUUCGUAAUUGGUGCCAGCUUCACCGGUAUUGCAUCCAGUAUGCCAGUUUUCCUGAUGGAACCAACCUGUGUAUAUCAGCCAUCUCUAUGCCCGCUACUACAUCCAGAUUACACUGCGGUUUUAUAUUUUAUCCAUCUGGGGAAAUGGACCCUGUUUCUUGGCAUGAUUUAGAGUUUCAUCUUUUAGGGGAUGAUGGGACACCAUCAACCAAUUUUACUGUCAAUUUUAAAGCAGGUGGAAAAUUGAGGACACUUAAAGUUGAGGUUAUAGAAACAAGACAGUUUUACAUUGGAGAUGGUAGGGAUGCUAAAAUCUACGAGAGAUAUGCCCGCUAUUUCUUAGAUGGAAUGGAAGGAUAUGGACUCAGUGAAUGGGAAUACUGCAAUACUGAUGGUACAGAACCACAGAACAGUAUGGGAUUAAAUUACUGAUUGUAUAACCUGCACGUGACAUGUGCACGUGAAAUAUAUACUUAUCUGUGAUGCAUCAAGAACUAAGCCAGUAUUAGUGUUAUACAUUGAUUAGUGAAUCAUGACAUUAGCAUUUAGCCUGCAAGGAUGGGACUUACUUGUUAAUUGUGAGCUGCGACAGAAAUACAUUAGAAGCGAGCCUGUUAAAGAUACCCAUUCAAAUUUGGGAUUAAAACUUUUCAUACUACAUUUGAUAUAAAAUGUAAAUCUGGAAAAAUAACUAAUCAAGUUAAAACUGUAUGUUGAAUGUUGAACUUCUUUUUCAUUUCUGAAGAGUGGAAGUCAAUAUUUUUCCUUUUGAAUCAUUGUUCAUGCAUAUCACAGAUAUCCAUAGUAUAAAACUUCUAAGUUAUUUCAUUUAUAGUUCUAAGGAGAAACUCUCAAGCAAACAGUGAUAUAUUGAAUCUAUAUUUGUUUAUUGUAUCGGCCCGACAGGUAUCAAGACCUCACUGCUAUUUGUCGGAAACAGUAUCGGACCGAUGUAAUGCCAACUUUGCAAAACUGUAUCGGUCCGAUGUUGAAAUUUUAAGCCAUAUAUUUUCGAUGUUGUCCAGGUAUAUCAUUCUUGUUGGAGUUAACGAAUCACAUCCUUUUAAACAGGAAAAACUUUGUUCUGCCACAAACUUGCCAUUGUUACAGGAAGACUUGAAGCGGACACAAUGAGAUUUUAGCAGGAAUAAGAGAAAUCAGAGUUUCUAGAAUUAAAUUUUCAUUAGUGAUACAAUGAUUUUGGGCGGGGUGGGGGUUGGGGUGGGGUGGGGGUGGUUCACAUUGUCCCAUAGAUGAUGUGAAAGCACUUAAUCACAAAUAAGAUAAAAUUUUCAGUUACUUAUGGGGUUUCCUACGAAAUGUAUAAACUUCUUAAACAACGCCAAACCAAACAAAACUUACCAAAGGAACAUCCAGGGUAGUUUUGUUUUGUGAUUUCGCACUUGUCGUGAAGGGUUGGGCAAUUAUCCCAAGGUUCCCAAGCAAAGAAUCUUGCUCCGAUAGUUAUAUAUGUAUAUAGACAUCAUACUUGUGUUCUCGCCAUGUUGUUCAGUGAUCCGCAGUGUGCAACUAUGUGUACUAAAUUCUUGAAAGGGUUUAAUGUAAUUGUUUAUAAGAGAUUUUGCCCAACCCAUUUACUUUUGUUUUGUUUUAUUUUUUGUACCUAUUUGUAUGUUUAUAUAGGCAAUAAAAUAUGGUUAAAAUAA